AUGUUUCUCGACUCUAUUUUGCACGAAGACUUGGGCAGCCAACAUGAAAUUGCUUACAGCGACUUCAACCCCCAGAUUUUUGACUCCGCUUACGACAGCGGCACCCUUCCUCUGGAGAAUUUCAACAAGGGCACAUUGCACCUAGACCACCGAUUGUCGCCACAACUUGUAGAAUCUGGCCACCGGGUAUCCGAAUUCAAUCUCAAGUUAGCUAGACGCCUCCAGCAAUGCCAAUCAUUCUUCAGACGGAACGACGGCGGCUCCAAAGCGGCCAAUGCAACAGGGUCUGAACCGUCAAUGUUGGAUAAGGAUGACAUCAGGAACCCGGAAACAAACCUGUUUGGGCACACUCUGAGCGAUACUUCAGAAUUCUUUGCGAUUGUACGGGCUUACACAUCGGAUGAAUGUAAGAAGUUCUCUGAAACGGGAACCAGGAAUAAGGGCUGUCACGGUAUCAAAAAUAACAUUGGCACCAGCUCUGGUUCUCGACCCGGCCUGAUUCUCACUCUCAAUCUCAUUUCCGCAUACUUGCAAUUAGUACAGAUAUAUGAAGAGCUUUUCUCGUGUCUGAGCAGAAAGCUUUUCAGUGGUCACAAUGGAGAUGUCUUUGAUCUGCAGAUAUUUCCUCAAUUACAGCUUGCCGGGUUCUCAGUCCAGCAGGGAAAUCUGCAAAUAAAAAUCUUCAUUCAAGCAACCAUUCACCAGUUUGAGAUGAUCGAAAAAGCUCUUGGAUUACCUCCCGACCUCCGCGUCACCGACAAACAGGACGCAUACGUAGGACUCUUGGAGGACGAAACCGCUAAUGAAUUCAAAUGCCCUGAGGCCUUCUGA